CGCUGUCUCCCCACUCUCGGGUGGGAUGAGCGGUUCUCGCCGGUUACCCGAGCAGCGGCGGCGGCGGCACUUGCACUGACUUCUUAGGGGACUCGCAGCCAAGACGAGGAAGAGGACAGAGAGGCUGUUAGGAUGGCUUCAAACUUCAACGACAUAGUGAAGCAGGGCUACGUGAGGAUUCGGAGUAAGAAACUGGGGAUCUUCAGAAGAUGCUGGCUUGUAUUCAAGAAGGCGUCCAGUAAAGGACCACGGCGAUUAGAGAAAUAUCCAGAUGAAAAAGCCGCUUACUUCAGAAGCUUUCACAAGAUAACUGAGCUCCACAACAUUAAGAACAUUACUCGAAUGCCACGAGAGACCAAGAAACACGCAGUGGCAAUUAUUUUCUGCGAUGAGACGUCAAAGACAUUUGCCUGUGAGUCAGAGCUGGAGGCCGAGGAGUGGUGGAAGUUAUUGUGUUUGGAGUGUCUGGGCAGCAGACUUAAUGACAUCAGCCUGGGAGAACCGGACUUGUUAGCAGCAGGGGUGCAGAGGGAACAGAACGAAAGAUUUCAUGUUUACUUGAUGCCGACCCCAAAUCUGGACAUCUACGGAGAGUGCACAAUGCAGAUCACCCACGAGAACAUCUACCUUUGGGACAUCCAUAAUGCCAGAGUCAAGCUGGUCAUGUGGCCGCUCAACUCCCUGAGGAGAUACGGCAGAGACUCGACCUGGUUCACAUUUGAGUCUGGAAGGAUGUGUGAUACAGGGGAGGGUUUGUUCACGUUCCAGACCAGAGAAGGCGAGAUGAUCUAUCAGAGAGUUCACUCUGCCACACUGUCCAUCGCUGAGCAACAUGAACGCAUGAUGAUGGAGAUGGAGAAGAGCUCACAGACUCUUUCAAACGAGAGCACAUUAACAAAGUCGAUAUCUCUCCCGCGAAGCGCUUACUGGCACCACAUCACGCGUCAGAACAGCGUGGGAGACAUCUGCAAUUACCAAGGUACGAGCUUGACUAUGACGCUCAUUCCACGAGCGCAGACGUUUCAAAGCUUCCUUUCCGAGCAGACGGAGGACGAGCGGAACCAGGAGCAAGCGACGGCGGCCUCCAGCGGCUGCGACAGGGACUGCAGCAGCUCGCCGCUCCGUUGACUGCACGGUCACGGCUGGACGAAAGCCACGACUCACGGACAUUCCAAAGCUUUAGGAAGCUCAUAAUAGACACAUGUACAGUAUGAACUCUCUCUAUAUAUGUAUGUAUAUGUAUGACUUAAUAAUUAUUUGUAGAACAGUGUGUAUACUAAGAACUCUAGGAGCCUCUUUUUGUACGUCGAAGUAUAAAACAAACAAAAAAAAAACAAAUGCCAAAAAGUUGUACCAUAAUCUUUAUUUUCCUUGUGUAGUUUAAGACAAAUGGACUUUCUGCAGUUAUUUUUCAGAUUUACUGUAAAUAUUAAUGCGCUGUAGCGCUUAACACCACAAGUUUCUUGCAUUUUUGUCAGUCGUCGUGACACACACUUAGAUUCUGUCGAACAAGAUAGUCUAUCUGUUUGUGUUUUAGCACCCUGCACUUUUAAAUUAAGAGCUUGUUUUGCACUUUUGUCAUUUGCUUUUGGUUUCAAUAUGUGCAGCCAUGUUGUCUGUAGAUGCGUGCAGUGUGGGACAUGGGGAAAACGUAUACUUUUAAAGGGAUAGUUCACCCAAAAAUGGAUAUUCUGUUCACUUUCCAUGACUGGUAUGGCUUGCUUUCAUCUGUGGAACACAAUAGAAGAUAUUUUGAAGACUGCUGGAUGCACGUUUCCAUCAAAAGCACUGUAAAUGUAUCAUAAAAGUGCCCACAAUACUCGAUUCUGAAUAUUAUGACUCCAGUAGUGUUGUGUGAUGAACAGACCCAAAUUGAAGUGGUUAUUCAAUGGAAAUCUUUUAGCUCGCUGAUACUGUGCGUUUAAAUCAUGACCAAAUCGCAGAUCUUUUCAAUGAAUCAGUUGAGCUAGUUCACAAAAACAGUCCGAAUGAUUCAUUUACUACUAGGCCUAAGUAUGUUCACAAGUUCCAUUGAACUCUAUUGGUAAUGAUGGAACUUGCGACUAUAGUUGCUUUGGGAAGCACAUCCCAUGGUUUGAAAUACGAAAAAUAAUGUUUGACAUUUUUGGACAAACUAUUCCAUUUAAUCUUUUCCCCCUUAUUUUAUAUGAAAUUCAUUUCUGAAAUGUGUCUACACACUGGACGAGAGGUUCGGUUAUUCUGAAUCUUCUCACACUGCAGAAGAAGUGCCUUCAGACUCUGCUAGACUGAGACUCUGGCUAGAACGCUGAUUAAAUUAGCAUCCUGCUAGCCAUCCAACAUGUUUAUAACUGAAUUACAUUAUAUGUCGACACUGCAUUUGUCUAAAAGCAGAACAAAAUGUCUAUUCUCUCCCUGCACAGGAAAAUCCUUUUCCAAUAACUCUACUGAAUGGGUUUCAAAGGUUCAAAUGGUCUUGAUAGUGGAUGAUAGAAGUGUGCACCGAAACAAUAAUGCAUUCGGCGCGACAAUCAAUUCAGAUUUACUCUACAGUAAAAUACCUGUAAAUGACUGUUGAUGUUUUGUUUAAUUGUGCUAGAAAAACCUGUUUCAACCAGAAUAACAACACAAAUGAUCAUGUCAUGACUAAAGGUUGGAGAAGCACAUGAUGAAUUCAUUUAAAAUGUCUUUAUAAAGGGA